GCGAGGUGAACCUGCCGAGGCGGCGAUGGGACCAGCGCGGAGAAAUGACAGCUUGUGCAGGAAUUCGGGCUGAACUGCAUCCCGCCCGGGACAGGGCUGCGACCGCCGGCUCGGUGGAACUAUGGGACAGCGGGAAUCUUUGUCCCCUUCCGAAGGCUUCAUAGGCUGUUUUCUUUUUUUUCUUCUUUUCUUUUUUAAACAAGAAUGGAUCCAGUCAAAUGGGUGCCAAAGUUGACCCGGCGGUGUCCUUUGGACGUUGCGGUGCUUCUUCCGAGACUCGACUAUAGAUUCCAAAUGCUUGUGGAGAUGCAACCUCUCCCCGUGGGACGGGGGAAUGAUUUGCGGCUGUAACUAACGGGAGCCGAUGUGGAGGAGAUAACGGAAUUACCUCUCGGACCGAAGAACUGUGCGUGCCGCGCCGUUCACUCUGGAUUUCUCCAGGAUUUCGCCUUGCUACGGACACUGGAGACUGCCCAGUGCACUGUUUUAUAGGUAGACUUUUUGUUUUUGUAUUCUUUUUGCAUGCUGUUUUUGUCACCUCGAAAACAGACCGUAAAUUCCCGCGAACGCACGUGUAUUACAUGUAUAUAAUCGUUUCAGUGUGACGCGCUUAAAUCGUUGAAUCACACUUUUUUUUUUAUUGCGAGGAAUUGAGGCUAUCGCGGAUUAAAAAUGGACAUAAGGCUGCAUAACAGAAUAUGAGCGUCACCUCGAAGCGGCCGCUAGUCGUUUGUAACCUCGCGUGCACUGUCCAGCGCACGCUUUUAAAAAAAAUUAUAUUUGUGCCACCAGCUGGACAGAGAGCAUUAGUUAGCACGUGAAUAGUCCGGUCCCAGCAAGCAGCUGGUAAUGACAUGAAAUAAUCACACAAAAGAGAACACGACGCCCAGAUGUAACAUUAGCAGUAAUUGUUAAUUAUUUAGCCGCCAUAAUUAACCUGAACCUUUCACGUGCGCCUUUCCAAUGGUUGCAUUUCACCACCAAAAAAAAUGCAAAGUCCUUGUGUGAUAAGAAAGCGAUGGCUUGUAACAGUAUGAAAACAUAAAGAAAAGUAAUCGUACGUGCACUUGUUUGAUGAAGCACCAGAAAUCAAGCGGCCUCUCCUCACUUUCUUGUCUCAAUGUAGUUUGCAUGGCUUUGAAUACACUUUUUAAUUUGGUGAGCUUUUUCUGGAAAACAUGGUGUGGAUCCACCCGCGGUGAUUCUCCUGCUGUUUCCCUGCAUCUUUCUUCUUCUCCAGACCCUCUGGACGUUGUUGUGAGUUGUGUUGCUAUUUAAUGCAAUGGGCUGCAUCCAGAGCAUCAGGUGUAAGCCCAAGAGUUUCCGAGACAGUAUCAUCGUCCUGGAGGUGAACACUUCCAUCGACCCUAACCCCACCAGCAUCGACGAGUCAUCCAGCGUGGUCCUGCGCUACCGGACGCCGCACUUCCGAGCUAACGCCCGGGUCCUUGUCCCGCCUGUAGCCGGCAAGGAGACGUGGACCGUAGGCUGGAUUCAAGCCUGUAACCACAUGGAGUUCUACAAUACGUAUGGAAACAAAGGGAUGUCGAGCUGGGAGCUCCCCGACCUGCGCGACGGCAAAAUCCAGGCCAUCAGCGACUCGGACGGGGUGAACUACCCGUGGUACGGCAACACGACGGAGACGUGCACGGUGGUGGGCCCCACCAAGAAGGACAGCAAGUUCACCGUCAGCAUGAACGACAACUUCUACCCCAGCGUGACCUGGGGCGUGCCCGUCAGCGACAGCAACGUGCCUCAGCUCAGCGGCAUCCGCCGCGACCAGAGCUUCACCACGUGGCUGGUGGCCAUCAACCAGGCCACCUCCGAGACGCUGGUGCUGCAGACGAUCCGCUGGAGGAUGCGGCUUCACAUCCGGGUGGACCCGGAGAGGCCCCUGGGCCGCAGGGCGGCGCUGGACGAGCCCGUCGCCCAGGAGCAGCCGCGGGUCCUGGGCAGGAACGAGCCCAUCGCCUCCAACGCCAUGGUCAAGCCCAACGCCAACGACGCCCAAGUGCUGAUGUGGCGGCCAAAGAGCGGCGACCCCGUGGUGGUCAUCCCACCCAAAUACUGACCCCGCUUCGACCGGACUGGCCUUGGAUACCUUUGAUCGUAUCGUCUCUUAUUUCUUCUCUUUGUUUUGUUUUCCGCUCGUCACCAGCUCUCACUGCUUUAACCCCCUUUGCCUCCUUUUUUUUUUGUGGCCUCUAUAUUCUUCUCUUUUGUACAAAAGAAAGAGAAAACCAACAAACAAAACCACUUCUAAGAAGAAGAAAAAAACAGCUGUUGUUCUGAGGUGGGAGGGCCGGGGGGGCUCGAACACACUUUUGAAACCGGAGUGAACAAACUGCAACCAUUCUACCUUGAAACCGGGUCGGGGCGCACUGUGCUAAAUGAAAUCAUUGCAAAAAUGAGAAAACAAAAUAAUUUAUUUUGUGUUUUUUUAUUUUUUAUUUCAGUGUUAUAUUUGGGCUGCUUUGGGCCAAGUGACAUGAGGGUUUGUGAGUGUGGGUGGAUUUAAGUAUUUACAUAACUUUAUUUAACUUAUAUGUUUUGUUGCAUUGGUUGACAUACUAGCUUUUAGGACUUUAAAAAAAAACAUGCAACACAUUCAAUCCACGCUGCCUUAAGUUUACAUUGCUUUUCAUUGCAAACUUUUCUAGCCUUAAACACAGUGCAAUGCAGUAUUUUGCUCAAUCGCAAACCAGUCUCUUCCGGACGCGUCGGUGCUGCAACGUCUGGGUCUUGAAUAGCGACGACACCACAGAAGAAGACCCGGGUCUGAGGGCUUUCACGCGACGGAUGUAUACAACCAGCUCCACGCGUGGACACGGUUACGCAACCACACUAACCACGUUGUGUUUCAAGUGCAUUAUGCAACGGGAGCGAUGCUCUGUGCCGACACAGAGGACACCAGUAAAGCCAACCCUCGUCAAUAUCCCUCGGCACGGUAACGUGCAAUUAGCAAACGCGUGCACAAAGUACUCCACGGCACUCCUCAGCUAACCCCGUUCCGUUCACUUUAUCCUGUUUGUAAGGCGUUUGCCCUUUUUAACACCGCAACACCUGUCUUCCUGGGCUGUGUUUUCACCCCAUCUGAGGGGGCCCCCCCCCCCCCUCGUUUUCACUUCCCUCCUCGUCGCAUCCGGCCCCCGUCGAGCCACAGCCGAGCGACCGGGCGCUCGAUGCUCACGUCGAACAGUCAAUACUUGGACUCAUAAGCCCGCGGAGCAGACAAAGAGAAGCAAACUGGGGACUCGAAAAACAGCGGGAACGUCGUGGAGGUUUCUUGUACACUUUUUUUAAAAUUUUGCAAUCGUUGCCUUUGUUUGAAUUAUUAACACCACUGCUCGUUCAGUGGUGUCGAAUCAAAACACGUCUCCCGUUGCGAACUGUCCCUCAUCUUCAGUCAUCUGUAACCUUCGCUGACGCCCGGAGUGCUUCUUCUCCGAGCAGAGCAGGAAGCAUGCGAGUUUGAUCUCGACUGCUCGGCUGGCAUGUGGUCGACCCACUUCUCGGCCUCUGCCAGGCGCUGCUCUCGUUGCGGAAAUGUGAGGGGGGGGUUUGCCUCCCUUUAUUUCACCGCCAGUAAGGCACAAACGCGCACACACAAACAGCCCUGGUCAGCUAAAUCGCAACAUUAAAUGAAAAGGAGGCCUGUUGGGGCUGUUCAUCUUUGAGAAUUGCUUCAGCUGCAAACUCUUAAAAACGAAAGAGUGAGAGGCUGAUUUUGGCAUCAUGGGGGGAAAAAAUGGAAAAUACAUUAUUUAUGAACACAAAAUCCUUUAGAAUCUGUUAAUGAGUUUUUCACUUUCAGAUGUUACAAACAUCUCGCGAGCUCACUGCUCUCCCACAGUUCCUGCGUUUUGCCUCCAACCAAAGAAAUAGUUUACGUGCAAGUCUUACCCGCUUUUCAAUUUCACAAAGAUCAGCAAGAUGCUGCUAUUUCUGUGUACCAGCGACGGCAAGAAAGGACUUACCCCUCAAACGGUUCAGGCAGCAUUUAUUUGUGUCCUUUAGGACGUCCUGUACAAAACUAAUUCUUUUUUUUUUUUUGUGAAUGAACUCAUAAGGCGAGCGAAGACACGGGAAGACUGGGAAAACUGUGUGUAUCCAUGCCUAAUGCUAAGCUAACGCUCUGCUAGCCGGCUGGUUUCGCUCCGGGCCCGGGUCCCGGUGAGAAAAGAUGGAAGAGGCUAUUGGGUGACUGCUGUCAUAAUUAGAUCUGCAGUGACACAGUUGCACGCCCUAGAUGGGCUGAGCUGUGCCAGGCCGGUGUCACGCAGCGCAUUGGCCCGGGCCUGAGCCGCGGCGGAGGUUUAAAGUGAGGUCAAACAGCACAAAGGUCAGGGUCAAAGUGUUUGCGCGAGGGCGCGCUGUCAAAGCCCGAAAAUGUACCGCUCACAGUGGAGCCGGCGGUGACGACGAAUGAAAUCUAUUUGGUCAUUACAGCCAGCCUAAAAUAACAUUGACAUUUACUAAACCCAACUUGGAUGUCAACCACGAGUUAUUUCAAUUUGUGGUUUGUGUUAUAAACUCCACGACCCUUCACCCGACGUAGUACUACUAUCUUCCCCCACUUGAGCUGGACUACAUGUAAUGUAAUUAAACCGCGACACGCAGAUGUUUCCCGCACUCGCAACACGCACGUGUGUGUGUGUGUGUGUGUGUGUGUGUGUGUGUGUGCGUUAAAUCUCAUUUGAGGGACUUAGGCGGGAUGAGGACUUCCACUGUUGUGCUUCUGCUGUUGUUGAGUCAUGAUUCUCUCUCUCUUACACACACACACACACACACUGCGCAUGAAAGGUUACGUCCUUGUCACAAAUCAGGGACAGAGCACGCACACAGACACACAGACACACACAAACACCCGGGGGGGCAAAGGAGCAGGCACCGGCGUGGUAUCUGAUUGUCGCGGCAGUACAGUCGCGGCAGUGAGAACUUGUUCAGCGGCCCUGCAGCACGUGGAGCGUCUGAACACAUGCACAUGCUACAAAGCCAUAUGCACCAAUUAAUCAGGAAGGGACACUUUAAUGUGAACACGAAAAGGAAGUAUUGAGCUCAUCGAGUUCAACUAUGAACAGCACGUAUUGUAGAAUAAGGGCAAAUUGUCUUCUGUGUGUGUGAAUCCGUUAGUAUGUGUUCAUGAUUUUAUGUUCCAUAGAAGAACUUAAAUGCUUUACGUGCUUUAUUAGCUAACGGGGGGGGGGGGGGGGGGGGGCACAUUGUUUGCUGUACUGGCCCUCUGCCAAAGGUGCCAAAAUUGGACAAAGCCAAAACUAUGCAGUAGGUCACUGUUUCUCAUGAACUCUUGGCAUUUAAUAACAGACCUGUUUCCAGUUGGGUUUUUUUUUUUUCAAAUGCACUGUGCAUUUUUGAGCAGAAUGCAGCCACGUGGACGCUUGUUUUCUGCUUCGUGGGGCUGAGCCAAGUGGACGAAAGGGAGGGCCGCUACCUUCGCUCGUCAUUGUUGUGUUGUGGGUGAACAUCGGUGAAUGAACAUCCCUCUAUUCAAACCAAUAAGACGUCUCAAGUUUACACUCGGGAUCGCCUGCCUUCGUUUCCCUGACUUUUAGUUAUUAUCUCAGUGAAUAUGACAAAAGUCAGUCCUGCUGUUUUUCCUUUAAAAAUAAAAUCCACACAGUCCACGUGGUUAAAAUAUAACCCUAAAUGUAGCACAGAAGAUGAAAUGAGUGACUUUGUACGUUUCUCAUUUUGUUUAGUUUGUUUUAUGGGAAUCCAGCCCUGAAUAAGUUAAAGCAGUUUGUGUGCUUUUGAUUAGCUUUGACUUUUAUACCAAUACUUGAAAAUGGGUCAGUUCUGGCAAAUAUUUAAAAACUGUGAAAAUGCACAACACCGGGAAAACAAACCCGGAAAAAAAUAGAUAUAAAAAAGAUAUUUUUCAUCAAUGAAUAAAAUGUACAAACAUCA